AAUGUCUGAAUGUCGCAUUACUGAUUACAAGAACACAGCAGGUUUAACCUCCAAGAUAAUCCGAGUAGGGCAAAAUGAGCUCCAGGCCGCAGGUGGCGCGCGCUUCGACACAGAUGCUUUUUUUUUUUUUUUGCUUGAAGACGAAGAUCCAUCCGCCAUAUUUGUUAUCGCAGAUUCGACAGAAACCUCUGCAGAAGUAAUUUAAGUAUAACGAAUGCAUUUAAAUUGCUCUCUGACAAUACAAACAACGGUUAAAUCAUUUUCGAGGCUGUUUUAGCUAUUGCUGAUUUAAAAAGAAUGGAUCCAGUGCAAGCAGACGUUUCUUCAGUCUUCAUGUGCAAAAUAUGCAACUUGUUCUCUCCCAGUAAACCAUUGCUGCUGUCUCAUGUUAAUGAGACUCACUCCAAUGAAGGAGGUGAUCCUGACACUUGUAUUAUAGCACUUAAGCCUUUAACAACUCAGGAGCCACAGAGUUCAGAAGUUGUUGUGAAAAGAAAGCGUGGAAGACCAAAAGGCUCUACUAAGAAAGUCCAACCAGAAAAGGUCCUGAAAAAUACACCCAAUCAGCAGGAGAAAGAGUCCACAGAAAUACAGCCGCUGGCAGUAGCUGAAGAGCCAAGGGCGGAUGGCAGUGAUCUGGAGUGCAAGAAAUGCAAUCGCGUGUUCAGCAACAGGCGACAAAUCUCCAAACACAUUUGCUUCGUAGGACUGAAAGAGGCCGCUGAUGAUAUAGAGUACAAUGGUAAUAAUACUGAUGCAAAUAAAAUCAGUGAUGAAGAGGAGGAGAAAGAGAGGACACCAAAGAAAGCUUGCGUGAUGCGGACAGAUAAGCUGUCCAGUGCAAAGGACCCUGAAUCAGCAAGCAGCAACAAAAACCCUAUUAUCAGUGUGGUCCUUACCAGUCACGAGGCCAUGCCUGGUGCCUCUAAGAUAGUUCCUAUUGAAGCAGCUCCAGCUGAACCGUCCACCCAGACUGUUGCAGACGCAGGGUCCCAGGAGGCAGCAGUGAAAAGGGGAUACCAGGAAUAUGCCAUUCAGCAAGCUGCUUAUGAAGAACCCCUCAAAUCAAACAGGUUAGGACAGACGCAGCUUAAAAUCUUCACAUGUGAAUACUGCAAUAAAGUCUUCAAGUUCAAACAUUCACUGCAGGCUCACUUAAGAAUCCACACAAAUGAGAAACCAUUCAAGUGCCCGCAGUGUGACUACGCCAGCGCUAUAAAGGCCAAUCUUAGCGUUCACAUGCGGAAACACACCGGGGAGAAAUUCAGCUGUGAGCUGUGCUCAUUUCAUUGCCUCAGCAAAGGACACCUCAAAGUGCACGUGGAGCGAGUGCACAAGAAGAUCAAGCAGCACUGCCGAUUCUGCAAGAAGAAAUACUCGGACGUGAAGAACCUUCUAAAACACAUCCGCGAGACUCAUGACAUGAACGACAAGAAGGUACAGGACUCCUACAAUGAGUACAGCCUCCAGACCAGGGAGGGCAAGAGACAGCUUCUGUACAUCUGUCAAAUAUGCAACCGCAAGUUCAAGAACGAGCUUGAGCGCGACCGUCACAUGAUGGUUCAUGGCAAGGAGAGACCCUUCGGCUGCGAACUCUGCGAUCACGGCUCAACCAAAUUCCCAGCCUUGCAAGCCCACAUCCGAAAGCAUCCCUUCAUCUACGUGUGUGCCAUUUGCCAGGAAAAAUUUGUCAGCUCUGUGCGACUAAGGUCACAUCUCAGAGAGUUCCACCCGGAAUCAGAUGAACCCUCAGCUUUUGCAAACUCCAUCAAUUCCAGCUUUUGCUUGCUUAAACCAGGCGAUGACAUUCAGAAGGACAUGUUGAAUCAGGAUGAGCUUAAGAUCACAGAAGAGCUGUCACAGCUCAAUGCCCAGGAGCUGUUAACCACAGAAAUCACUUGCAUGGCUCAAGAGGACCUUCAGACUCAGUGCUCUGAUAGUUUAGUGGUGGAGUCAGACCUUCUUGUACAGAACUCAAAGGAUGAAAAUCCCAUUUCAGACAGUAUGAAUGAGACAAUAACACAAGAGAUGGCCUGUGAAGAUGCGAUAAAUGCCCAAAAACUUCAAGACGAUCCAAUUAAAACGGAGUGCAGUAUGACAGAAGAUCAGAAUCCUGCUGGAGGACCUGCACCUUUGACACCUGAAAAAGCACAAACGCACUCUGAGCAGUUAAUAUCAAAGGAUACAUUUCCACAAACCAAGGAAGACGUGAUUGUUCCACAAACUAACGCCGAUGAGGAAUUAGUCGGUUCAGAGCAAGAAGAGAUAUCAGCUUUCAAGCAGAUUGUAGAGCAGAUGCAAAAACGACAGCUUAACAUGGAAGUGUUUGAACGGAUUCGGAAAGUGUACGGAGACCUUGAAUGUGAAUACUGUGGUAAGCUUUUCUGGUAUCAGGUGCACUACAAUACACAUGUGCGAACUCACACGAAAGAGCACCUCCAUUACUGUUCUCAGUGCAAUUAUUCCUCCAUCACUAAAAACUGCCUGAAGAGGCAUGUGAUCCAGAGACAUUCGGACAUCCUGCUGAAGUGUCCCUCCGAAGGAUGCCUUUACUGUACACCUGACAAAUACAAGCUUCAGGCUCAUCUCAGAACCCAUUCGGACAUAGUCAAGAGAAGUUUUACAUGCCCAGUGUGUCAAGAGUCUGUUCCUGAGGACAAAGUUAGAGAGCAUAUUAAAAGCAACCAUCCAGAUGUGUCUCUGAACCACAUCUCGGAAACGUUGGGAAUACGUGUACAUGUGAAAGGAGUGAUCGGGAAACGAGCCUCCAAAUGCCCGUACUGUGAUUGUUUCUUCACAAGGAAUGGGGCAGAUCUUCAGCAGCACAUAUGGGCUCAUGAAGGGCUGAAACCGUACAAAUGCUCACAAUGUGAUUAUGCCUCAAGAAGUAAAAGCAACCUCAAAGCUCACAUGAAUAGACACAGUACUGAGAAAACACAUCUUUGUGACCUCUGUGGAAAAAAGUUCAAGUCUAAAUGCACUCUGAAAAGUCAUAAGCUCAUGCACACAGCAGACGGAAAGCAGUUCAGAUGUACUGAGUGUGACUUCACUGCUGCACUGAGACCGCAUCUCCUUCGUCACAUGGAGCAACAUGCAGCUUUCAAACCUUUCCGUUGUGCGCACUGCCACUACUCGUGCAACAUUUCAGGUUCCCUGAAAAGACACUAUAAUAAGAAACAUCCCAACGUUCAGUACAUCAAUGCUGGAACAGGGGCGUCCAGUUCUGAAACUGUGACAGAACAAGGCAAGUCCUUCCUCACCAGAAUGAAACCAGCCUUAACCGUACAACAUAUACAUUGUUGCUUUUUGUUAGACAUACAGUGUUGCCUCAAACUGCAUCAGUGUGUGUGUGUGUGUGUGUGUGUGUUAUCAGGUGGAGUCAAAUGUCCUGUGUGCAAUUACGUUUAUGGCACUAAAUGGGAAAUGAACAGACACCUAAAGUGCAAACAUGGUCUCAAAGUGGUGGAGACUGACAGUCUGGGUCUGAAUCAGUGGGAGGUAGUGGAGUCAGUGGAGGAGCCGGCCAUGCAGUACCUUCACAUAGCUGAGACUGAGGAUCCGCAAGGAACAGAGACUGCUGUAUCAGCUCUGCAGGACCUGCGCUUCAACACACAAAAUGGUGUUGUGUCUGCCACAGCGGGAGACAGACUAGACCCGGCGUCUGUCAACAUCCUGCAGCAGAUCAUUGAACUGGGCUCAGAGAAUCAUGAUGGCGCUGUGGCUUCUGUGGUUGCCAUGGCUCCCGGUACAGUUACCGUUGUAGAGCAGGUGGAGGAGGAAGAGCCGCAGGCCAACCAUGCCAUGAUGAUCCAGGAUGCACUGCAGCAGGCCACAGUGGGCCUGGGAGAAGAGCACCAUCUUGUGGUUUCUUCAGAUGAUAUGGAGGGCAUCAAAACUGUUACAGUGUAUACACAGGGAGAAGACGCAUCCCAGUUCAUAGUCUACGUUCAGGAGGCAGUUCAGGAGGCUGUGCAAACUGAGGAGACCACCACAGUAUAGGGCAUAGUAAGAUGGGGUUUUAAAACUACUAGCUAGCCAGCUCAAAUGCUAUUCUAGUGUUUUGUUUUGUUCUUUUGCUAUAGUUACUCCAGUCAGGUCUUGAACAGACUAUUGCAGCCAUACUUAUGGGUUAUAGGGACCUAUCUUGCACAACUGUAAAUAAUCAGAAAUGAAAAGUAGCAGUGAAUAGUCAUAUCCUUGUGCUACAAAAAAAAAUCAAUGUUUCCUGACUAGGGGAAUCAGCAGAAGCAAUAAGGUUUUAAGUCUUUGCAAAAAUCUUGAGACCUAUCACAGUAGAUAAAGCCAAUUGCACAUAACACAGAAUCUAUUUUAGAAAUUAGAUCUUUAUUAUGUAGAAUUUUUUUUCAUGUACUAUCAUUGCCUGCAAGUGUAAGUAUAUAUGUAACAGAGUUACUGUGUUACUCUGUCCUUCACAAAUUUUUUUUUUAUAUAAAACUCCCAUACAGUGUAUGGCUAUCAUAAUAAUAAACUUUAUUUAAUGGGU